CAAAAUUUCCAAAUCAUCCGUGCUCUUUCCUUUCCCCUUCUUCUUCCUCUUCCUCCGGCCCCCUCCACUUCCGUGCGCACCAAAACCAUGGCCGUCCCUUCCACCUGACACCCAAAUCCAUGAGAACCCCCGCGCCACAACCCGAUCUCGCCGCCCGAGGAUGUCCCAGCCUGACGUGGUCUACAGCUGUGGAUCCUGUGCAUAUCCUCUAAAUCUUUCAUCUUCUAACAGAAGGACAUCUGACGUAGGAUCCUCAUACCAAAAAUCUCUGAAGAAGGGCCUGAUUUCGUUCAUUUCUGUUGAUCUCAGCCGAUUUACUGAAGUAGACGAGAUAUCUUGUGUUCCUUUCCUGGCCUGGCGUAGCUAUCGGCCAAAAACUAAGCUUCUCUGCCGAAAAUGUGGAUCAUCUAUCGGCUAUGGAUAUGGUGAACCAGCUGUUUUGUGUAGUUUUGAUCCAGCAAGUUCUUCCUCUGGUACAUCCCAAACAUAUUUAAUAAAGAUCCAGGCUAUCCAACCUUCAGAGAGUACUCAAUAA